UCAGAUUCUUUCAUUUUGCAACACUAUUUUAAACUUUAAUUUUAAAAGACGACAUUUGAAUCCUUCUUUGUCCAGGGAAAGUUUGGAAAGCUGAUUGUUAAGAGAGAGAGAGAGAAAGAAAACUGGAGAGAACAGUGAAGAAAAUCAUAGAUAGAUAGAUAGUAUAUAAAUACAGUUUACACCUAGGAUAUACAGCUAUAACUGCUGGCAGAAAUGGUUUAAAACCUAUUGGGCUUCAUUAGAUUCAAUCAUUUUCAUGCAUGGCAUUAUUGUUCUAAACAGAAAUGGACCUCGAAGACCGAUUAAUUAUGGAAGAAGAAGAAGAAAACUUUCACCUUUCAAGACCUCCUCGACAAAGAUCCUGGUUCUCUGGAUCAUCUUCACCGUGUUCGUGUUCUCAUCCUCCGUCCUCUUCUUCAUCCUCCUCUACCUAGACCUUGUCCUCAGAGAGAAAAAUUCGAAAGAGCUUGCUCUGUGUUGUGGAGCAUUUAGUGUUUCCCUGUUAACCGCUCUAAGGAUAUGGAUUUCUCUGCCAGAUGAUUAUGAAGAUGAGAGAUAUUCUGCAGAAAAUACAGUUCGACUUCGGGAACAAUUAGCUCAGAGGACUAUGAGACCUGGAGGUGCACGUGAAAGUCGUCUUCUUUCCUCCUCUGGACCCUCCUCUGAUAUCAUCACAAUUAGGAAUGAUUUCCUACUAAGUGAGUUUCAAGUUGUGAAACCUGAACAGUACUGUGAUACUCUUCCCCCUUCAUACUCUAGUCUAGAUCUAGCAUUAGACCCUCCGAAUUAUGAAGAAGCGAUACGAAAAAUAUCAGUUUGAUUUUUCUCUAAAAUUAACCAUGGGUAUAUCAUCAUAUUAUUUGAUCAUAGCUUUUAUAUUUUUUUGAUAAUGAUAUACUUGUAAACAUUCAUUUACAUUUUCACGCGAAUUUUUGGGUGGGGAUUCGAAGGAGUUGAGUUUUUGUCACAAACCCAAAUUUUCUAAUCCCUAUAUCUUUGCAACUUGAUUGUGUAAACCUUUGAUAUUUUAAACUUAAUUUAUUGGAUCUAACAGAAUCCAUAGUUUGAAAUAUCAAAGGUCUAUGACAGUGGGCUUCAAAGAUGUAGGGGUGAGAAACUCAAAAAUUGUGACUAGAACUCAGUUCCUUUAAAACAUUUAUAUGCUUGUAGAUUUAAAUUCAUGAAGCUUACUGUACUUCUAGUUUCUUUGAGAAGUUGGUAACAAUUGAUUGUGUUUGAUUGUUUUUCUUAAAUAUUUAGGAUUUUUAAAAUCAACAAAUAUCAUAGUUUUAUCUUACUAAUAAACAUGGAGAAGAAGAUGGCUGGGGGGGAGUUAAACAUUUU